AAGGGACUGUCACUCUCAAUCUCAUCCAUCGAUCACCUUGCUCGAAGUAAAUAGCAAUGUAAACAUAUUGAUUUGUUAUAUUUUUAACACAAAUUAUUGACAAACGCCCAACCCCGGCAGUGCAAAAUGGAUCAGGAAACAGCUAAGAAGCUUCUGAUAGAGGGAGGAACUUUCGUUUUCCUCGGAGUGCCUGAAGAGACGCAAUUUGGAAUUGAUAUGCAAUGCUGGAAUACUGAAGAGGAUUUUCGCGGAAUAAAGAUGAUUCCGCCCGGCUUACAUUAUAUACACUAUUCUGCUGUUAGCAAAGGAACAGGCGAUGUUUCACCAAGGUCAGGAUUUAUGCAUUAUUUUCAAAAGAAAGAAUUCCUAGUGAAAUUGUGGGAUAAGAACAUUGAAGAUAUUAGUAAAGAUGAAGUUAGUGAGGAGAGUAUUCAACGUUUAAAAGACAACUUGCUCAAUUUGGACAGACAUUUAGCACCAUAUCCAUAUGAAAUUUGGCAGAAAUGGAAAUUACUGUCAUCACAAGUCACAGAGGAUCUUGCAAAGAGACUUUCUCCUGAGAAUGGAUUGAUCAGAGCAUCAGUAGAACUCUUAUCAACACCUGACGCUGACCGACCAAGGGGUGUAAAAUCACCUAGAAUCGAGAUCACAGAACCAAUUGAAGAUAUAAAUGAGUCUACAGAGGCAGAAGAUGACAAAAUGGCCGGUCAGUCAGAUGCUAAAAAAGCUAAAAGAGUGACAGCUGCAGAACGUGAAGAAGCCAUGUUGCCAAAUCUAAAACCUGCCCCAGGUGCAGCUAUGAGAUUUACAGAGAUACCUCGCGACAAGUAUCCACCUGGCUCUUCACCUGAAGAAAUUACCAAACAUUAUUUAGAUCAAUCAUACACACUUGAGCUUAUGAUUGCACAGCAUGAUGAGCCAUUGCACAUAAUCGGGGAGCUGCAAUUUGCAUACUUAUGCUUCCUCAUCGGACAUUCCCUAGAAGCGUUUGAGCAUUGGAAGAAUCUCGUCAUUCUGUUGUGCUCCUGUGACGAUGCCAUUCACAAAUACCGCACGGUAUUCUUUCACUUCAUUCGCACAAUUGAAAUACAGAUUGAAGAAAUGCCAGAAGACUUUUUAGCAGACAUUGUCAUGAAUAAGAAUCUUGUUUACAAGAAACUUCGGGAGUUCUUCAGAACGGCGUAUGUUAGCAAAGUGGAUGGACGUCUCCUUACUAUGAUUGAACGUUUCAAAGAGAAUUUAACGGACAAACUUCAAUGGGAUUUCACGGGACUCGAUAACGAUGAAGAAGAUGAGCGACCAGUUAUCGUCAAAAUUGAUGAACCAGAAGAUGAUUGAAUUAUUCCUCAAUAUUCUAUGUUUUUUCAUUAAUUAGAACAUCAAAGUAAAAUGUAUCUGGAAAUUUAGCAACAUCUUGGUAUAUUUCAAUUUAAUAUAAUAUAUUGCACAAUAAGAGUCACAUUAUGAGUCUUUCUAUAGACGUUAAUUGUCAGUUCAAAUAAUGAAUGGAUGUGCUGAGAGCAAAGUGUGAAAAUACACUUUAAAAACAUAGCUUACGUUACUGAAUUGCAAUAUUAAUAAAUAUAUUUAUUUGCGUAAUUGUAUAGUAAAUCGUAAAAACAUGAUUCACAUAAUAAAUGUUUUGUUAUAUUGGUGUGUACAAGAUAUUUGUUUUUGAAACAAAUCCAGUGAUUAAUAAAGGAAAUUUUAAAAAAUGAUCAGGAACAUGGACCUCCUAUGAGGUCAGAACAUAAUCCAUGAUGCUGGUCAAGUACGGAUUGGGCAUGCCAGUUUCUUCACGAUGUUUUCCCUUCGAGCAGUGGUGAUGUGGAAAGUGCGCAGUAAAUAAACAGUAGUGUAAAUUCAUAAAUAUUUAUUUCCUACAAGUUCAUUUGGUCUUAAGUAAGUACUUUUGCCCUGAGACAACACUCCUUUUUUCACAAAAUUUUAAAUAUUUAGCUAUCACAUGUUUGGUCUUAAAUGUGUAAAUUUCGAAUAUUCCUUAAAUAUAAAAUAACAGUUCAUACCUCAAUUUGAAUAUGUGUUAUAUCAUAAUUAUUAUUAUUUAAGAGACACCUAUUUUUUAUUUUACUCUUCGAUUUUUAAGUAGAGGCUUAAGUCUUAAGAUUGUUUUAUAAAGUACAGUAUUAUUCAUGUGUACUGGUGAUCACUGUAAGCUUAAAAUGAAAGAAAACCGGUUAAACUACAUUAUUAUUCGAAGUUAAACUAUAGGCUAAACCUGUUAAACUUUUUGACGUCUAGAGAGAAUUUUUUUGUUACGUUACAUUGUUGUAGGUACCUCUAUCUGGCUAUAAGUGUACCUUCCUGUUAAUAUUUCUUCGCCUUUUACAAUAAUGCAUCUUCAAUGAAUGAUUUAAUGAGAAAAAUACUAACAAAAUAAAUGUGUUUAGGUAUCUAAAUACUUGUAGUGCUGGUUGAAUGCUCAAAGGUUUUCCAACUUAAAUUCAUCUAAACUCGUUGUAAUCCCGACUAUACCACGAAAAUGUGUACAAUGAACACUAAAUCCAGAAACAUUUGAGUAUUCUAAGAUUAGUUUUAUAUACUGGGUACAUUUAUAUUAUUUAUAACAAGAACAAGUGGUUUUUAAAAUUUGCAAUCAGCAUUGAUUGCACAUCCUUUUACCAUAUACACAACACUCGGUAACAUGGACUUUUUUUACCCUAUUGGGACCUUGUAGUAAAAAAAUUUAAUACUGUCGUUUAUUGUAUACCUACCAUCUAUUUUUAGAUAAUGUAGUACUUCUAGUGAAUGCAAUAUUAGACAAUUCAGUCAUAUCGGUGUUAGAUGUGAAUUUUCUAUACAUGUGGUAUUUAUCACAGACAUCAUCUUCAUGUUAUGCAAUGCGAGAUUUACCAAUUUAAAUUCGUUUAAGUUUUUCUACAAAAAUAUCUGCGCUUAAUUGAACAGAAUUAUUUUCGUUAUAGAAUUUGGGAUGAUGUUAGUUACUUGGUAUACGAAUCAUAACCAUUAAAAUAUUAGCUGAAAAGAAGGCUAAAAUAAUUUAAUUUAGUAAUUUCUUUCACUUUUAAUUUCUUAAUUCAGUAACUAUGCUAUGACGUUUUUGGUAAAUAAUGUGUUAUGAAGAUGAUGUCAUAUAUUUUAUUAGAUAAUUAUACGUUUACAAAUUUUUAAAAUCUUGUCGUAAUUAAAUGUAAUGGUAAAAACUUGAAAAAAAGAAAAAGCUAUUCUUUAGCUAAAUAUUCUAUUAGAUGUUUUACGAAGUCAAUAAAAGUGUACCUGCA